AUGGGAUCAACCAAGCCUGGUAAGACCGGCUUUAUUAUCCGUGCUAUUACAAUGUUACAAUGUAUCUUGUCACUGUCCAACUCUCGCUACAUUGAACAGUUACUUUGUUACAAAUGUGUUACUUUGUUACAAAUCUAGUGUUACUGUCGCUUUCUAUAAAUAUUGUGUCGUUCUAAGUAUCUGUUCUAGAAAAAAGCUUGUGCAAUCUGGCUAUUAUCUGUUCAUAUUUUAUAUAGUUGUGUGCUUUUUAUAAAUUGUAUAUGGAACACAAUUAGAAACCUUCUAAUAGAUUAUUUAGCUUUUCUGGUAUACUUAUUGUCAAGCCAUGUAUAUGGGUAAGGAAUGGCAUUGUGCUACGGGGUUUUUGUUUUGACACUACGAUGUUCUGCUUUGCUUCACCUCACAUGGACCAAGCUGCCUAGUCAUGUGCGGAUCCCUCUCGACUCUCACUGCUCAUUGGUCGAGAAGAGGCUGUGACGCAAUCAUUGCGUAAUUCUGUCCCAGCUCAAGGGCUGCAUGCAGGUCCACGUGAGACCACGUGACCUAGAUUUUCUCUUAGACAUGACAGCUCCACACGUGGGUGGGUUUUGGAAGCGAAUAGUCAUAGCUGGUUAGGUAAUCAUGGCCAGGUCUUCGAGAGCAUGAACUACAUUUAUGGCUACAUAGUAGAGCAUAUAUGUUGAUUUAGUGUCUGAGCCUCCUCUACCCAAAGCAACAGGUGUAUUAUUUUCCCUAGCUGAGCUUAUUUAGCCCAUAUUCAAGCUUUUGGUUUAAUAAUGUCAACAUUCUUAUGUAAUAUCGUGACAUAACACCAAUGACUACAGGAAUAACUUUGCUUUUGCCAGAAACAAAAAUAUGAUAUAUUAUUAUGCCCUGUCAAGCAAAAAAGCAGUAACUGCUCAUAAAUUGAAACUUAGAAAAAUGACUUCAGGGUUUUUUAAUUAUCGAGCCAAAUGAGUUGUAGUCAGAUCAUUGGAGAUAUUAUCUGUUGUCUUUUCUCAGUUUAUUUUGUAUUCAGAUUGACCCUGACCUCUGACAUUAUCUCUGUAUUCAUAUUGACCCUGACCUCUGACAUUAUCUCUGUAUUCAUAUUGACCCUGACCUCUGACAUUAUCUCUGUAUUCAUAUUGACCCUGACCUCUGACAUUAUCUCUGUAUUCAUAUUGACCCUGACCUCUGACAUUAUCUCUGUAUUCAUAUUGACCCUGACCUCUGACAUUAUCUUUGACCCUGGACGGCAGUUACUGCCUUCUUGCUUGGUACACCCACUGGAAUGACAAUUUUUUAAAACACAAACUUGUGUUUAUACAUUUAUUUGUAUGUGGCUGUCAGUGUCAUAUAGUUUGAUACUUGUUUCAACAGGCAACAAUAAAUAAUGCCAAGGUAAACCAUAGUAACUGCAGCCCAAAGCUUAGUGAUUCAAGGUAAAAAGCAGUAACUGAGGUGAGCGAUUGCAGUUGCUGCUUUUUUCCUUGGUUUCACUAACUUUUUCCAGCUACUGCAAACAUGACGUCCCAUUUGAUCCGAAACAGAUUUUGUCCACAUGAUAAAGCAUGUAUUUAGUGUAUCAAAAAUGUCAACUCAUUUUUGACCUAAUGUGCAAUUACUGCUUUUUUGCUUUGUAGAGGGCGGUAUUCAUUCAAUUUAAUAUAUUAUAGAAGAACUGAGAAACCCAACGCCAACCUAGAUGGAAUAGAAAUGUUAAAGCGCAUACAAAUGAUUACAGAAACACAUAUGUUUUUUUUUUACACUUUAAAGUGUCAUGUUUUGACGGUACACCAUUAAAUAAUUUAGGUAAAAUUGAAGAUAUUUGUGAUUGUUAUUAGGUUUCGGUGUAUCAUGUAACACACCUUAUCACCCUGUGCCCAAAAGUCUUCAAAUAAAGUCUUCAAAUAAAAAUAAUUUUUGUUCAAUAAUGGUGACAUGUAUGACCCUGGCUGGGACUGCAGGCUUUGCUGUACUAUUUAGGAUAACUGUACACACCCACAGAGCCGGCUUGUAAUGUAACAGUGGUGUUAUUCAGUCCCCAGGCAUGAGGUAGUAAAAGCAGGUCAAACACCAGGAUGAAUGAAGGAAGGGGGGAAACGGUCUGGCAUACAUAUAUUGGGUGUGGCAAGGGCAAACAGGCAGAUGGUUUAUCAGAUUUUAUGGUUUAUAUUAUGUUUAUAUAUGGUUUAUUAUUUACCUUUGACCUAGUUGGUCCAAUUCCAUCACUAUUAUAACCUUACUCUGACUUACAAUUGGGUAAAAACUUAGAAUAAAACUUUGUGUCCCUCUUAGUUGUAACAAAAUAUUACGACAUCAAUAUUAUGUUUUUGAUAUGACGUAAAUUUGAGUUAAUUCCACUAACCUUGUGGUUUUUUCCUUCUCCCCUCAGGUGGUGUAAUAGCCUACAUCUCUUCUGGCUCCGCCUCCAGCCCGGAGUCCUGUUUGAGUGACAGCUGCAGCAGCGGCUACCUGUGCUCCUCUCCGCCUCAUCCCUCACUGCCAAGCAGGGCAGUAGGAAUCAUGGUGGACAUCGCCCGCCCUACCACAGCCAAGCACCCACGUAGCCACGGCACAGAGAAGACUGGGCGAUCCACCUCCACCAAGAGCAGCAUCACCAGUGAGUGUAUUUCAGUCCUGGAAAUCCAUUCAGUAUGGCAAGGAUACUAGAUACAGUGGGGGAAAAAAGUAUUUAGUCAGCCACCAAUUGUGCAAGUUCUCCCACUUAAAAAGAUGAGAGAGGCCUGUAAUUUUCAUCAUAGGUACAUGUCAACUAUGACAGACAAAAUGAGAAUUUUUUUUACCAAAAAGUUAUAUUUUGGUUUCAUCUGACCAUAUGACAUUCUCCCAAUCCUCUUCUGGAUCAUCCAAAUGCACUCUGGCAAACUUCAGACGGGCCUGGACAUGUACUGGCUUAAGCAGGGGGACACGUCUUGCACUGCAGGAUUUGAGUCCCUGGCGGCGUAGUGUGUUACUGAUGGUAGGCUUUGUUACUUUGGUCCCAGCUCUCUGCAGGUCAUUCACUAGGUCCCCCCGUGUGGUUCUGGGAUUUUUGCUCACCGUUCUUGUGAUCAUUUUGACCCCACGGGGUGAGAUCUUGCGUGGAGCCCCAGAUCGAGGGAGAUUAUUAGAGGUCUUGUAUGUCUUCCAUUUCCUAAUAAUUGCUCCCACAGUUGAUUUCUUCAAACCAAGCUGCUUACCUAUUGCAGAUUCAGUCUUCCCAGCCUGGUGCAGGUCUACAAUUUUGUUUCUGGUGUCCUUUGACAGCUCUUUGGUCUUGGCCAUAGUGGAGUUUGGAGUGUGACUGUUUGAGGUUGUGGACAGGUAUCUUUUAUACUGAUAACAAGUUCAAACAGGUGCCAUUAAUACAGGUUACGAGUGGAGGACAGAGGAGCCUCUUAAAGAAGAAGUUACAGGUCUGUGAGAGCCAGAAAUCUUGCUUGUUUGUAGGUGACCAAAUACUUAUUUUCCACCAUAAUUUGCAAAUAAAUUCUAAUUUUUUCUCAAUUUGUCUGUCAUAGUUGAUGUGUACCUAUGAUGAAAAUUACAGGCCUCUCUCAUCUUUUUAAGUGGGAGAACUUGCACAAUUGGUGGCUGACUAAAUACUUUUUUCCCACUGUAUAUUCAAAAUGGCAAAGGAUAGGAAAUGAAUUGUAUGAGUUGCCACACUAUUCUCAAGUCUACAUGAGUCAUCCUCAUGUACGGGUGGAAUAGUAAAUUUGUUAGAGAGGUAUGAAUUAGUAGUAACAUUGAUGUGUGUUUUUCCUUACAGAGAUCAACGGCAUAGUGUUGUUGUGUAAAGUGUGCGGCGACGUGGCCUCAGGGUUCCACUAUGGCGUCCAUGCCUGCGAGGGCUGCAAGGUAAGACUAGUCCUGACUGCUUCUCAUGGAAUGCCACACUGCUAGUCCUAGGUUUCAUUCAUGUUAUUCAAUGGCUCUGUGUCAUAAGAGUUUUAACAGUGCCAUUAGUGUUUUAAACUGGGUAAUAACCGUGCACAAACAAUGUUUUAUGUUAUUAUUCUCAGGGUUUCUUCAGGAGGAGCAUCCAGCAUAACAUCCAGUAUAAGAAGUGUUUGAAGAUGGAGAGCUGCACCGUCAUGAGGAUCAACAGGAACCGCUGUCAGCAGUGCCGCUUCAAGAAGUGUCUGGCUGUGGGCAUGUCUAGAGACUGUGAGUCUCCACUUUUACAUGUACAUAGAAAAUAAUAAAUUAAUUUUUCCCAUAUGGAAAUACAAUGGUUAAUGGGGGUGAGGAGUUUCCUUUUAGAAGUUUGAUGGAUUGACUGACUGUAGGGAUAUUUGAGCCCUUAUUAGUGAUAUAUGUACUAAUGUGUGUUAUUUUUGAUUGCCUUCUUCAGCUGUUAGGUUUGGCCGCAUCCCAAAGAGGGAGAAGCAGCGCAUGCUGCUGGAGAUGCAGAACGCCAUGAACAACAUGAUGAACAACAACAGCCAGCUCCACAGUAUGCUCCACGGCACCCAGAGUCCACCCCGCCCCAUGGAAGGGCUCCCCAAUGACGGCAGCUCCUCUUCCUCUUCCUCAUCUAUCUCGUCUUCAUCAGGCUCCAACCCUUCCUCACCCCGUUCCGCUCAAGACUCCAUGGAGACCAGCUCUGCCUCUUCCUGUUCGUCGGAUGACGAGGUUCCUCCUUCCAGGGUGUGUCACCAGGGCACAUUCACAUACCGCCGUGAGCAGCGACAGUCCAUCAAAGAGGAACCGGACGAGUCACCUUCGCCGGUCGCCAGGGAAACUGAAAAAGACAGGAGAGACAGCUGUGUGGAGGAACCGCGGGAGAGCUGGAACCGCUGCAAUGAAGACGCCAUCGCCAGGGGUUACCAACCUAGUUGCAACAGCUAUCAACACGUCACCAACGGUCUCUACCGGGAAGAGAGAGUUGUUUACCAGCAGCGGCCUCCGCAACUAAACGGCGCCCCCAGCCUCCAUCACAGGACCCUCAACACAAUGCACAACGCACAGACCGUCUCCAAUGGUUACAGUGGACCAUCAUACAGCCUACAGGACCACAGGACAAACUUGGUGAGUGUCCUUUUAUCAUUUAAUUUGCCUUUAUUGAAAGAUUGAGGAAAUUAUGAGAUUGAAAGUCUUUACAAAAUGUUACAGUAGAAAUGCAUUGUAUACUGCACACCUGAAAUUACACCAUAACCAUGCCUAAAGCACACAUGGAAAAUACCUAAAAAGCCCUAUCCUCUAAAUCCCCUCCAUCUUGUUUCUUCUGCAUUAUUGUUCCUGUAUCCUGUUUUCCAUUGCUGAGGGCCCUGUUCUCUACUCUUGUCACCCCAGGUCACUCCCAGUCUCUAUGUGGACCCCCGCCAGCGCAGCCAGGAGAUAUGGGAGGAGUUCUCUCUGAGUUUCAUCCCGGCCGUGCGCGAGGUGGUGGGGUUUGCCAAGAGCAUCCCGGGCUUCCGAGACCUCUCAGAGGACGACCAAGUCAGCCUGCUCAAAAACGGAACGUUUGAGGUAAGAAUCCCUGGACUAUCUGAUACCAAAAAUAGAUAUUUCCCACCUCUUGCUGUCGUGUUCCAAAUGAACAUUGCACUCUCUUUAACUCUGAGUGUUGAGUUGAAUAUAGUACAGUCUGUAGAUAUGUUAUGGUAGAGUAUCAGUGUAUUUUAACUCAACAUUGAACUCUCUCUAACCCAGUUAGGUGGGCAUUAUCACUGUUGAAUUCUGCCGGGAUGUUGUCCAGUGCUAGACACCAUAAAUCCCUGUUCUAACACACAGUCUCUCCUCCCUCUCUCUCUCCAGGUGCUUAUGGUGCGCUUCGCUUCGCUGUUCGACAUGGCCGAGCGCACGGUGACCUUCCUGACGGGGAAGUGUUACAGCUUGGAGCUGCUGCGCUCGCUGCGGGCCGGGGAGCUGCUCACCUCCAUGUGUGACUUCAGCGAGAAGUUGGCCGCUCUGCAGCUGGACAAGGAUGAGAUGAGCCUCUUCAUUGCCGUCGUCCUCGUCUCCGCCGGUAAAUAACACUGUCCCUGUAAACAGUGGCCUUGUAAAACACAGUGCCCUUUUAAACACGUUGUAAUUGUAAACACACUGUCCUCAUGUCGCUGGCUGGCUGUCCUCUGGCUGACUUGUUGGCUGGCUGGCUGUCCUCUGGCUGACUGGUUGGCUGGCUGUCCUCUGGCUGACUGGUUGGCUGGCUGUCCUCUGGCUGACUGGUUGGCUGGCUGUCCUCUGGCUGACUUGUUGGCUGGCUGUCCUCUGGCUGACUGGUUGGCUGGCUGUCCUCUGGCUGACUGGUUGGCUGGCUGUCCUCUGGCUGACUUGUUGGCUGGCUGGCUGUCCUCUGGCUGACUGGUUGGCUGGCUGUCCUCUGGCUGACUGGUUGGCUGGCUGUCCUCUGGCUGACUGGUUGGUUGGCUGGCUGACUGUAUUAUGGUUCUGCGUCUAAAAUGGCACCCUAUUCUCUAUACAGUGCACUACUUUGGUCAAAGGUGACAUUUAAAAUGCAGUCCUGUACAUACCAUUCAGCCACUGGUGUUAACAAACACACAAUAAUUAUGUGUACGAUGAAACCCAAAGCCUUCUUUGAUACUGACUGUUCUUAUGCUCUGUUCUGUGAUCAGAUCGUUCGGGGAUCCAGGACUUGAAGUCAGUGGAGGCGCUGCAGGACACGCUGAUCCGAGCGCUGCGGAGUCUGAUCAUGAAGAACCACGCCAACGAGACUACCACCUUCACCAAGCUGCUGCUGAAGCUGCCCGAGCUGCGCUCCCUCAACAACAUGCACUCUGAAGAACUGCUGGCCUUCAAAGUGCACUCAUAAUGGGGCUCAUCUGACUCCUAAAUACCCUCCUUCCACACUUUAAAACCAGGACUGACCUCCUCUGCCACUCCUAUACCAGGACCUAGGGGAGACCUUGGGGACCUACUGUUUGCAGUCGACGAACUCAGUGUAUUUCUCCAAAAUGUAGUGAGAAGUUAUUUUGGACUAUGUUGAAAGGGACAAAGGUCAGAGAAGAGAAGAUACUGUACUCUAUUCAUAGGAGAUGGCUAUGAACAAGUGUGUGUGUGAGAGGCUUGUAGUUUUGCCAAGUUAGAGGCACCUUUCUAUUUUUAAAGAAAAAGAUGAAGAAAUACUAUACAGUCUUUUUGAAAUGAAGAAGUGCAGAACUACUUGGUUUUGUUAAAGCCAUUUAAUUCCAAAGUGUAUUGCUCACGAGCAGUGUGAAUGUGAUGAUUAUGCUAUCUAUUGGAUGUUUCAAACGAUGCGCAAUAUCAAUUGGUCACUGUUUUCAACCCAAUAUAUGUUUGAUAAAAGCCCUCAAGACUCAAUGUAAACAUCUAUCUAUCAGAAAGAAUGCUUGAUGAAUCAGAUGAUUGCUGCUAUUGCAUGGCUAUCCUUAAGUGAACAACUUGAUGUUGUCGUGCCCAACCCUCUGAGGAAGGAGUCAUUUCUUUAUUUUUGAAUUGUUCAACUGCAUUGUCAUCUUUACUGUCCUUUGUGGACAUAGGGUAUUUAAUUAGUCUGAAUAUUUUGAAUAUUUUAUUUUUGCAAGUCUUUGACAGCUGCUUCUACCAUGCCUCCUUCUGGGGAGUUGUUGAUAGGACACCUUUUCAGCAACACAACUUUGCACAUUGUGUUGUGGACUGUCAACCUCCAAAGAUGCCAGCACAGACCCACACAGAUGCCAGCACAGACCCACAUCAUGUGUGCAUAAUGUAAACAUGAUGAUACUGAAGUGUUCCUUAACGGAUUUCCCACCUUCCUCACAGUGAGGAGUUACUGGGUGGUUUUUACUUUACCUCCUGGCAUUUUGGCACAGCACAUGACUUUGCAACUGAAAUCAUUUCCCAUCUGUUGUUUUUUGGGGAAUGUCUAUAUUUGUCUCCUUUUACUGACAAGAUUGCAAUUUGUAAAUAAACUAUGUAUAUCUAUCAGAUAAAUAUAUAAAUAGUAUAAAUAAAUACAAGUGAAGUUA